AGCCUCUGUCUGUCUGUUGACUUCUGCUGUAGGCUUAGGGCCUGGUAAAUUGUUUCAAACUUUUUUUAAAAUUUGUUUUUGUUUUCAGCAUAUUCGUCUUGCAGCUUUGUGCCCCACCGCAGCCAUGAAGACUGCCAUGCUCUCUGUUGCCAUGGUGAUGAUGUGUGUGACGAUGGCGCACUCAGUGAAGCCACUAAAGGAUUUCAACUUGGAAAAGUUUGCAGGUAAAUGGUACAGAGUGGGGCUCGCCUAUGACUCUCCAGGCUUUAUCCCUUUAAGAGACAAAGUGAAGAUCUCCAUGGGCGUCAUCACAAUGAUGCCCGGCGGCAACGUCAACCUCACAAUGUGGGAAGCUCUAUCUGUGGCCUGCAUUCCUAAAUUUUACCAGUAUAACAAGACAAGCGUGCCUGGACACUUCAUCUACUUCAGCACCCGCCAUAACAUGGUGAAGGACGUCACUGUUGUGGACACAAACUACUCUGAAUAUGCCGUGGUUCUCAAAUACGAGAAUUUUAACAGAGAAUACACACAGGUGGCGCUUUACGGUCGCUCACCGAGAACCAAAGUACAAGUCCUGCAGAAGUUUAAGGCCUUUGCUUUGUCCCGUGGUUUCCCCAGAGCAUCUAUUCUGACCCCUCCUCCAGCAGAGAACUGUCCAGCGUCAGGAUCUGGAUAAAUAGGUUUUAUUUCAGAGGAAGCUGAAAGAAUUUAUUCAGAUGUUUUGCCUAAUAUCAACAAUAGAGAUGCGAUCAACUCAUAUAAGUCUAUUUUCUCAGUUUCUUUCAUUUUUGUUGUCCAAUUUAAAUAAAAAAAAAUUACAUCUCC